GGCUGCCAGUGUUUCUGAUGUUAGGGAGGGAAAACACAGUGUGUCUAUCUAGCUUCAGUCAGCUCAGUUAUUUUGGCUUAAGUGCCCUAAUGCAGGUGUCUGGCACAGAAAACUAUAGUCUAAAUAAUUAACAUUUUGCAAAGUUAUAAGCAAAGCCACUAUCUUAUAAUGUGAAAUGGUAGCCAGAACAGCAUGAGCCCGGUGUAUAAUUAAAAGCUACCUUCAUUCUCCUCUUCUGUAGUUUUAGAGGCUGUUUUAUUGGUGUUUCUUCCCUUCAUCACAGGUGGCCUCAUCUUUCAAAACAGGAGAACUAAGGUUUUACCUGUUACAAUCUCACUGAGAACAAACAGUAAAAUUAAGAGGGUCCAUGGCUUUCUGUUCUCCCCACCCACCCAUGUUUGAGACUUACGAGGACUCUUUUGAUAAAAGCACUGAUGAAGAAACAGUUGAACAAAAGGAGGUGCCAGGCGUGGACAAGGACAGUGGCUCAGCAGAGGAGCUGGUAAAUGAUGGCCAAAGGUGUGCUGUGUCAGAGGAUGCAAGCACUACAGAAGAUGUCAGCCAAGUGAAUGAAGCAAAAAGUGAAGCGAAAAGCAGUACUAAGCCUAAAGGGAAAAAAGCCAAGGAUGCAAAAAAGUCUGCUAAGGCAUCUUCAGAGCACCCAGCAAUGAACGAAGUUCCCAUCCACUGUGUAACCUGCAACUGUGCAUUUCCAUCCCGAAAUAAACUGUUUGAACACCUAAAAGCCACAGGACAUGCAAAAGCAACACAAGCACCAGCUGUAAAUGGAGCUGUAAACACCAGAAACAAAAAAGAGAAACGUAAAAACAGAUAGAACUUUGUUACAGUGACACUCUUCAGAAGCGUACAUGAAAACUCUGCCAAAACUGAAAGGUGCACAUUGCCUGUGUUUGGAGUUAAACAGAGAAGGCAAGUCCUAAUUUUGGAAAAAAAGGAAGAUGCAACAGAAGUAGUACUAUCUUGUGAAGGAACCUGUGCUUUCUUUUGGUUUUAUCAGCCUUUCUUUAAUGACUGGAUUUGACCUACCAUCUCAGCAGCUUCCACAUUGGGGGUGAGGAAAUAGUAAUUCAAAGCUACUCACCUUGCAUUCCUGUAGAAACUUGCACGGAUAAAGUACCCACACAGAAGAAGUAAUAAAUUAUUUUAACACUUGUG